AAGGGAAAAGUGGAGGUUUAUUUAUCUGCUGGAGCAAUGAAGUUCAGGUGUUCAGCAUCAUUAAGCACUCCUUCUGUAUGGAAGUGGGAUUUUUGGAUGAAAAGCAGAACUGUUUGGGAUGGGGGAUUUUCAUUUAUGCAAGCACAGACAGCCACAUCAGAUCAAACCAAUGGGCCUACCUGGAGGGAGCCAGACAUAAAUGGGGUCUUCACUGGUUCUUAGGUGGUGACCUAAAUGAUAUUCUAUCAGAGGGAGACAAGAAGGGGGGUAGGAAAAGAUCCCUCAGCUCUUUUCAUCACUUCAGGAACUUUGUUAGUGGGAUGGGGAUGCUUGAGAUCAAUAUGAUUGGGCAUCCAUACACUUGGGGGAAUAACAGAGAAGGGGAGGGAUUUGUAGAAGAGAAGCUCGACAGAGUGUUUGGCUCACUGGCAUGGAAUUCUGCUUAUCCUAAUGCAGCAGUUCAUAAUAUUUUUAAAAGUGCCUCUGAUCAUAGCCUCUUGAUGCUAGACUUCUCUCAAAAUCAGUUUUACAAGAAAAAGAGGUUCAUAUUUGACAGAAGAUGGUUGCAUAGGCCUGGAAUCAAGGAGACUGUAGAAAAAGGUUGGCAGUAUGAGCAAGGGGGUACUCCAAUGUACAAUUUCCAACAGAAAAUCAAGAAGACCCGAUUAGACAUCCUAAAGUGGAGCAGCACCUUUAGAUCUGAAAAUGCCAGGAGGAUCACUCAGCUCAACCACCAACUUUCAGAGCUAAGAAAAGCAGGACAUUUGAUUGACUGGAGAAAAUGGGAUGAGUUAAAGCAUGAACUGGAUGCAGCUUAUGAACAGGAGGAACAACAUUGGGCACAGAAAGCAAGAGUUUCUUGGCUCAAACAUGGGGACAAGAACUCCCAAUACUUCCAUGCCAAGACAUUGCAGAGAAGAAGAAGGAAUAAUAUUGCUAAACUCACCAGAGAGGAUGGAGGAAUCUGUGAAACUAAAGAGCAGAUAGAGGCUUGCAUUGAGAAUUUCUAUGCUAAGCUAUUCAAAUCAGAAGGCUCAGAAAACGGUGAAAGGCUUCUCCAAGGCAUUGAACCAGUCAUUUCUCAAGACAUGAACUCUGAACUUACAGCUCCAGUGGAAGAGGAUGAAAUCAAGGCUGCCCUUUUCAGCAUUAACCCCAAGAAAUCCCCUGGAAUAGAUG